CCUCCAGUUUUAGAUGACUAGAAGGGAGUAGGAUGUUAUUACUUUACCAUCGUAAAAAGAAAACUGCUGUGUCCUGACAAAUUUUCAAGGUGGUGUAGAUGAAAACGUUGCCUCCAUAGAGAAAGUUACCGAACUGAAAAGUCUGUAUCAACCUGGUAUUGUUAACCGGAACCCAUAUAAGUGGUCAUCUUUAUAUCACUGUCAUCCCUUUUUCAGUUACCUAUGGAUCAGCCCUCAGACUCAUUUGAUGUCAAAUUCUAAUUGACUGAAGAGCCCCGUACACCUACCAGAGUCGAAGAUGGACUAUGUUCUCAGUGGCACAGAUUAUUAUUUUUUUACACCAUAUGUAUAUCCAUCCACAUGGCCAGAGGAUGACAUAUUUCGACAAACUAUUAGUCUCCUGAUUGUAACAAACCUUGGUGCUUUUGUCCUUUAUUUCUUCUGUGCAACACUGAGCUAUUAUUUUAUCUAUGACCAUUCAUUAAUGAAACAUCCACAAUUUUUAGAGAAUCAAGUCUAUCGAGAGAUUAAAUUCACCAUCCAGUCAAUGCCAUGGAUCAGUAUUCCUACUGUUGCAUUGUUCCUGUUAGAGGUGAGAGGUUACAGCAAAUUAUAUGACGACAUAGAGUUUCCCCAUGGCUGGUUACAACUCAUUGUUAGUAUAAUAUCCUUCCUCUUUUUCACCGACAUGCUGAUCUAUUGGAUUCACAGAGGCCUUCAUCAUAAACUUGUAUACAAGCGCAUACAUAAACCUCAUCAUAUGUGGAAGGUUACUACUCCAUUUGCAAGUCAUGCUUUUCACCCACUGGAUGGCUUUCUUCAGAGUCUACCUUACCAUAUAUACCCUUUUGUUUUUCCAUUACACAAGUUGGUUUACUUAGGUCUGUACAUCUUUGUUAAUGUUUGGACAAUUUCCAUUCAUGAUGGUGAUUUUCGUGUCCCUCGGAUGUUUAGGCCAUUUAUUAAUGGCUCAGCUCAUCAUACAGACCACCACCUGUUCUUUGACUAUAACUAUGGACAGUACUUCACAUUGUGGGACAGAAUUGGAGGCUCAUUCAAAAAUCCUUCUUCCUUUGAGGGGAAGGGACCACAUAGUUAUGUGAAGAAUAUGACAGAACAGAAGUGCAAUAGCCCUUCAGAAAACGGUUAUAAAAAUGAAAAAUUAGGCAAUGGAGAGCUUAAAAAGAUAGAGUAGAUUAUUGCCCAAAUCUUAGUUAUUUUUAAUAAGGAGAAAUAAUUGAUACCCAGUGAAGAUACAUGGCAAUAUGUGGCAUCACUUGAUAAUCAGCAUUGUGCACACUGCUGAGUAACAUUGUGGUAAAUCAAAGGAAGAUGCCGAGAACACCAAGAUUCUAAUACCAUGUUUCAAAUACUGAGUGCUGGUCCAAGGACAGUUUGUAUCUUUCCGACCAGCAGAUCUAUUGUUUUUAU